UCGUUUUAUAAGUGGAUUUUUAAUUUCUGCUGUAAGAAUCAUUGACCCAGCAGUUCUGAAAAUCGCUGCCAGUUAAAGUCCAGUUGGAGAGUGAAGAAUUUAUUGAAGUUCAGAAAACCCAAAGGAUUGAGAAAAGUUGGUGCUGUCAACGGUGAAACAGAUUCGACCUUAUUUGAUCCUCAUUCUGAAGGAAUUAGUAACCUGCAAUCUGAGAUAGUCCCUGCUAAAGAGCAGAAAGGACUGAAGCAAAGUUUCACCAAGGAAAGACUCUGAGAGCAGGAAACGGACGGAAUAUCUGGGAUUGCACGAUGAUCGGAAAGUGGUAUUUCCUCCUCUCAGUUCUGCAAGCUGUCGUGUCAGAGGAAUGGACAGCCAACAUUCAACAAGAAGUUACAGUGCGGAAGGGCCUGUGUGCACACAUUCAGUGUCGCUACAGCUAUCCAUCACGUCUGGCAAAUGAUCAACGGGUGGGAAUCUGGUUUAACUCAAAUGACCUGUUUUCACAGUCACAGAUAGCCUUUCACUCCACGGAUAGCAAUCGUGUAAUGCCAAGAUAUCACCAUCGGACCCAGCUCUCUGGAAGCCUGAACGACAAUGACUGUUCCCUGAAUAUAAACAAUGUUACACAGGAAGAUGAAGGUCCUUAUCACUUCAGAAUUGAAUUUAAAGGUUCGGAUUGCUAUAGCUACUCCACCAUAACACAACUACGUGUUGUAGGGUCAGGGCAAAGCGAAGUCAAUACUCCGACAGUUGUGACGGCACAGAAGGGGCUCUGUGCCUUAAUUCCAUGCCGAUACAAAUCGGGCAAGACCCGAGAUGGAAUCUGGCUGAAAGAUGAGUGCUCGAACAAAACAGUCAUCUUCAACUCCAGUGAUCCCAAUCGUAAGUCACCAGGGUUUCACCAUCGGAUCCAGCUGUCUGGAGAUCUGAAGAAUGGUGACUGUUCCCUAAUUAUUGACAACGUCACAGAGAAGGAUGAAGGCACUUAUUACUUUAAAACUGAACUCGGAAAAGGGGAGCAGUUUGUCCACCACUCCAUAACGCAACUCCGCAUUACUGCAUCAAACAUGUGGAGAGUUAACAUGAAAGCAAGUGUCACAGUGCAGAGGGGAAUGUGCGCUUGGAUUCCCUGUCACUACUCUUACCCAUCGUGUCUGGCAAAUGAAACACGGGAUGGAAUCUGGGUUAAAGGAGGGAAUCAGAUCCACUCCACGGAUCACAAUAAAGUGUCACCGAAGUUCAAACAUCGGACGCGGCUGGAUGGAGACCUGGAAGACGGCAACUGUUCCCUGGUUAUAAACAAAAUUACACAGGAAGAUGAAGGUCCUUACACUUUCAGCAUUAAAUUUAAAAACCAGAAUCAAUAUAGUUAUCGCUCCAUAACACAGCUGCAUGUUACUGUGUCGGGCGAUCGGAGAGCUAACACUCCACCAGAUGUGACCGUGCAGAGGGGUUUGUGUGCCCGGAUUCCGUGCCACUACAGUUCUCUUUUGCAAGAGGACAAUGAAACCUGGGUUGGGAUCUGGAUGAAAGAUGAGUGUCGGUCUCAAACUGUCACUGCCCACUCCAAGGAUCACGGUCAGGUAUUCCCGAUGUUUCAACAUCGCACCCGGCUCUCCGGAAAACUGAAAGAUGGCGACUGUUCCCUGGUUAUAGACAACAUCGUGCAGGAAGAUGAAGGAUAUUAUUACUUCAAAAUUGCAUCUGAAAAUGUGGAUCGACACAGCUAUCUGCCCCCAACUCAGCUCCAUGUCACUGAUUUCACAGAUAACCCCUCGAUAUUCCCUGCUGAAAUGGUUGCAGGAAAACCAGUGAACAUAAGGUGCACCUUCAACAUCUCGUGUAGUGGAUCGACACCGAGCUUCACCUGGAUCACGCCCUCGAAUGUAUUGGCAUUAAACUCGAGCAGUGUAACUGAACGGGCUGGCACUCUGACAUAUACAUCUGUUCUGACCUUCACCCCAGCGCUCAAACUCCACGGGCAAAAUCUCACCUGCAGAUUCAAAUACACAUCUGUUUCAUCGGAGCAGACAGUCACAUUAACCGUGCGGUCUCCUCCAACAGUGGAAACACUGGUUGUCUCACUGGCCGCGGCAGGAGUAGUUGUAUCCCUGUUCAUCUUGGUGACGCUGACUUGGUUCGUUCUUCAGUCCCGACGUAGAACUAACAGACUGUGUACCGCUGGGGACCGCAACGAGGUCCGCCUGCGACCGGAGCAGCCCACCGAGGACGUGUAUUCCAACUCCAUGGAGCGUGUCCGCUGCCCGACUGUCUGA